AUGCAGGUCCUUCUUCUCGGUGGCCACGGCAAGGUUGCCCUUCAUCUCACCCCUCUUCUCCUCAAGCGCGCGUGGAACGUGACCAGCGUCGUGCGCAACCCCGACCACGAAAAAGAAAUCCUAGAGCUCGGCAAGGGCCUGAAGGGCAAGAUCAAUGUUCUGAUCUCCAGCCUCGACGAUAUCAAGAGUGCGAACGAUGCCCAGAAAGUCCUGGAUGCUACAACUCCAGACUACGUAGUGUGGGCAGCUGGUACGCUCCUCCCCCCCUCACUCCCCGCGAUUUCCCCUCCCCUCCCCCCACUUGACCCAAAACCCUCCCUUCCAAGCCCCGUCACCAACACGUAUGAAACGAUCGCUCACCCUCACACCAACAAUGUAGGAGCUGGAGGGAAAGGCGGCGCAGCGCGAACAGUCGCCAUCGACCAAGAGGCCGCCAAGCACUUCAUAACCGCCUCCUUCGCAACCCCCAGCGUCUCCAAAUUCCUCCUAAUCAGCUGGCUCGGCAGCCGCCGUGUCCAGCCAAGCUGGAUCGACGACGAGGGCUGGAAAAAGAUCCUUGCAACCAAAAACGAGAUCCUCCCCGCCUACGCCGCGGCCAAGCUGGUCGCCGACGAAUACCAGACCGCGCUCGCAGCGAAGCGGAAGCGCGACCCUGCGACCGCUGACAAGCCCUUCCAGUCCAUCAGCCUGCGUCCUGGCACCUUGACCGAUGAGCCCGCUACCCGCAAGGUCGGCCUGGGCAAGCAGGGCCCGGGGAAGGUUACCCGCGAGGAUGUGGCGAUUGUCGCCGAUCAGUUACUAGCACGUGCGGAUACGGAGGGCUGGUAUGAUCUGAUCAAUGGGGAUUUAGAGGUGGAGAAGGCGGUAGAGAAGGCGGCUACGGAGAAGCUUGACGCGGUGGAGUUUGAAGAUGUCGAUGCUAUGAUUAAGGAGUUCUUCCCGUAA